GCGGCGGCGGCUGUGAGGGGAGGGGAAAAGAUGUCGGCGCCCAUCCUGAAAGUGGCGAUCCCCGGCUGGGAGAAAGCGGCCCGAGGGAGCGUCUGCCUGCUCGGGGUGCUCCUCUCCCUCUACGCCUACCAUGUGGAGAGCGACAGGGCCGGGCAGCCCGGGCACGCCGCCGCCAUGUGCGACCUGAGCGAGCGGGUGAGCUGCACCAGUGUGCUGGGCUCGAGAUGGGGCAGAGGAUUUGGCCUGGUUGAAAUCAUAUUUGGAACGGAUAGUGCUUUGAAUCAACCAAACAGUAUAUAUGGACUUAUAUUCUACACACUACAGCUGUUAUUGGGGAUGACAGUGAGCGCAAUGGCUGCUUUAAUCCUAAUGACAUCGUCCAUCGUGUCAGUGGUGGGCGCAAUGUACCUCAGUUACAUCCUGUACUUUGUGCUGAAGGACUUCUGUAUAAUCUGCAUCGCCAUGUACAUCCUGAACAUCAUCCUUCUCAUCAUCAACUACAAACGACUGGUUUACUUGAACGAGGCCUGGAAACAGCAGCUCCAAACCAAACAGGAAUAGCUGAUGUACAACCCGCAACAAAACAAAAAGAAGGCCCACACACAUACACACCCAGAGAACC